AUGCAUGCUCUUAUUGCCAAAAAGAAAAUUGGCUUCAUUGAUGGUACAAUUGAAGAACCGUCUCAAGAUGCAAAUUCAAUCAAAUUUGAACUAUGGAGUCAGUGCAACAGUAUGAUAAUAUCUUGGUUAACUCAUUCAGUUGAAGCAGAUAUCGCUGAGGGUAUUAUUCACGCCAAGAUAGCUCAUGAAGUGUGGGUUGAUCUUCAUGAUCAAUUCUCACAAAAGAAUGUUCCAACAAUUUUUCAGAUACAAAGGUCUAUAGUAAUGAUGUCACAGGGAACCAUGACACUGUCAUUAUAUUUCACCAAGCUCAAAGCACUCUGGGAUGAAUUGGAAGCAUACAACAUACCAUUUACCUGUGGAACUAACAUUUUGAUGAUGACUCCAUUAUCUAAAGUGAGGCAAGCCUAUUCAUUGCUUGUACAAGAAGAGAUGCAACUUCAGAUUGUACAAGCAUUAUUUGCACUCAAUCAUCGUUCUUUUGGUAAUUCUGAUAAUAACAUCAAUGUUGCAGGACUUGGCUAUGGGGAAGAUGAUUGGCUCGGGUAA